CUUCCUGAAAUCAACCCCCUCACGAACAAUCACCAUGGCUCCCAAGAUUGCUAUCGUCUUCUACUCGAUGUACGGCCACAUCCAGCAGUUGGCCGAGGCUGAGAAGAAGGGUAUUGAGGCUGCUGGCGGCUCUGCCGACAUCUACCAGGUCGCUGAGACGCUUCCUGAGGAGGUCCUGGCUAAGAUGCACGCUCCUCCCAAGUCCAGCUACCCCGUCGUCGAGCCCAAGACUCUGCUCGAGUAUGAUGCUGUUCUCUUCGGUAUCCCCACCCGUUACGGUAACUUCCCUGCCCAGUGGAAGGCUUUCUGGGACCAGACCGGUGGAAUCUGGGCUACCGGUGGCUACUGGGGCAAGUAUGCCGGUCUCUUCAUCUCCACCGGUACCCAGGGUGGUGGUCAGGAGUCCACUGCUCUUGCGUCCAUGAGCACCCUCGCUCACCACGGUUUCGUCUACGUCCCUCUCGGCUACAAGACCGUCUUCGGCCAGCUGUCCAACCUCAACGAGGUCCACGGUGGCAGCCCCUGGGGUGCCGGUACUUUCGCUGGUGCCGACGGUUCCCGCCAGCCUUCCGCUCUCGAGCUCGAGGUUGCCCAGGCUCAGGGCAAGGCCUUCUACGAGCACGUCUCCAAGCACAACUUCGCUUGACUACAUGGUAGCGAGCAGACCCAGUCGGAGUCGCCUGCCGCUGCCCAGCCGCAGCAGAAGACCGAGACGGAGAAGCCCGCGCCUAAACCUGCACAAAACGGA